UACCCGGGGCCCCGGUCUGGAGCCAGGAACAUCACAUCGUCUCGAGCUUUCUUUGGACCCAAGGCAUCAAAUUCUAGGACAAGAAAGAGCCCGCCCUGCCAACACCCACUUUCUCUCACCAUUCGACGGCACCCCCACUUCCGGGAUCUGUUUAACCUCUCCACUCCAGUGCUGCUGUCCGGGGGCCUCUUCACCCAGGAGCUCUGGGACAGCCUGAGCCAGCACAAAGCGCCCUAUGGUUGGCAGGGGCUCUCCCGCCAAGCCAUCACCUCCACACUGAGCCUCCUGAAUGGCUCUGAGAGCACCACGCUGUUUGCUGUCUCCAGGGAGCUGCUUCCAGGCUGCAUUCGGUGUGCUGUGGUGGGUAACGGAGGCAUUCUGAAUGGUUCCCGCCAGGGUUUGAACAUUGAUGCCCAUGACUACGUGUUCAGACUCAAUGGUGCUGUGAUCAAAGGCUUUGAGAAGGAUGUGGGCACCAAGACCUCCUUCUACGGUUUCACCGUGAACACAAUGAAAAACUCCCUCAUCUCCUACCGAAACUUGGGCUUCACUUCUGUGCCACAGGGACAGGACCUGCGCUAUAUCUUCAUCCCCUCAGACAUCCGAGACUACGUGAUGCUGAGAUCGGCCAUUCUGGGUGUGCCAGUCCCCGAGGGCCAUGAUAAAGGGGACAGGCCCCAGACCUAUUUUGGACCAGAAGCCUCCGCCAGCAAAUUCAAGCUACUACAUCCAGACUUCAUCAGCUAUCUGACGGAGAGGUUUUUGAAAUCAAAGUUGAUUAACACAAAAUUUAAAGACCUUUAUAUGCCUAGUACUGGGGCCCUCAUGCUGCUGACAGCUUUGCAUACCUGUGACCAGGUUAGUGCCUAUGGAUUCAUCACAAGCAACUACCAGAAAUUUUCUGACCACUACUUCGAACGGGUAAAGAAGCCACUGAUAUUCUACGUGAACCACGAUCUGUCUCUGGAGGCCACCCUGUGGAGGGACCUGCAUGAGGCCAGCAUCCUUUGGCUAUACCAGCGCUGACCCUGAAGCGCCCAAGACCUUUGUUCUUUUAGAGCUGUGACCCUCAUCCCCUCAAGUGGCCAAAGCUACCUUGUCUUUUCAGCCUCUUGAGAGGAACUCCAAGUGUUUUUGACUGUCCCCUUCUUCAGUGGAUUUGUGACUGUCAUUGAAGCCUGUUCUUCGUGGGACACCCCAUCUUGUCCUUGGCUCAUCCGAGAAAACUCCCCUCUGGUCUGAGACAGACAUCCCAACUUUGGUCAAGGAAAAGGGACUGCUCUGCUAUUCUUGUUUAACAAUUGAAGAUAAGAGGCUGUGACCCUCACCAGCACAAGGCAGGCCUACUCCAGAGCUGAGCAAUUCAAGGCAGCAGUUAGCACUGACAGACUUUAGGAAGUCAGUGGAGUGGCUCACUAAUUCAGCUAAGAGCCAGGAGCAAACGCACUCCCCAGCCUAAAUCCUCCCACUGGCGUGUCCAGCCUCACAAACUCCAAAGUAUUUCAGCUCAGGGACAUCUUAACAUUUCUGAGAACAGGACCGACUUACUUCUGCUCCCUGAUAAAGUGAGAGCACAAAAGGCAGAAUGUGACUUCAAAGUAGAUAACUGCAUAAAUGGAUGACCACUGUCUUUUUUGUGUGCGCACCAGGCAUAGUAUACCACGCAGGGUGUUUAGCACAGAGAAUUCGGCAUUCAGAAUUCAACCCAGGGAAGGUUCUGAUGGAGGUCAACUGCACAGAAGGCUGUGUGUCUCUGAUUAAAGUCCCACUGGGGAUGUAUUACAACCCUGUCACCAAAAGGAUGACACCAUCAGGUACUGAACCUCAUGGCUUCAGUAAUUUGACUUAAUUGAUCAGCAGUUGUAGAUUAUAAGAGCUUCUAUUAGAAGUGUAAACCAACUGAGUUACUAUUGGAUUUACUGUCCCAGUGACUAGUCUCAUGUUGCUAUACCCUGCAAGGCAGCGGAUGGAGUGGGGGAUGUCUCCACAGGGCUGGUUGGCAGGAGACUCUUCCCACUAACCCGGCCCCUGGUUCUGUGGUUUUGAAGGAAUGAUCCUAAUGGCAUGUUUGGCAAGAGAGCUGAAUCAAAACACUGCUACUUUAAAAAUUCAGAGACGUGAUUAACAGAAUGGACAUUUAGACUUUAAUGACUAAAAGCAGCUACUUGAGAAACUAUAGCUUCCUGAUGCCUGGACCCCUUUUUAACUAUACUCCCCCAUGCCCCCAAUUCCCAUCACUUCUGUAGUUACCAAAAUCUGUCAAGCCCUUCAAGGGGGGUAAGAUCAAUUUAGUGGGAGACUUAAAAAAAACCCCAAACACC